AUGGACCCAGGACCAUGGCAAUAUGGCAAUCGUCAAUACAGCAUCAAGCUUUCUGAUACAGGUGUCGCAGGGCUGCAAAAAUCGGCAUUGGAUAUGUCUUCUUUAUCGCGCCGGGCUUGCUACAAAUGCGGGAACGUUGGGCAUUACGCUGUUGGAGAAGGCAUGCAAGCUGAUAUCGUGCAGAAGUAUGCUCGUCAUCAGAACGCCUAUGUUACAACUGACAUGAAUCCAAUGGAUGCCCGCAUCCUCGCACCACCGACAGGUCUUGGGCACGUCCAGGCAGACUGUCCGACUCUGCGUAUCAGUGGCGCCGGCACGGGAGGUGGACGCUGCUAUUCUUGUGGCCAACCGGGUCAUCUAGCGGUACGUACUCCUGCAUCUCGUAUUCGGUCGUUCUCGCUGACGGUGAUCGACAGCGAUCUUGCCCAAAUGCAGGCUUUCAACCCGGACCUGCAUUCGGUGCAGGUCGGGGAGCUGUUCCUCCCCGUGGCGGAUUCGCCGGCGGUUUUCGCGGAGGCUUUGCGGGAGGUGCUGGUGGUCCACGUCCUGCAACAUGCUACAAGUGUGGUGGACCAAACCACUACGCUCGUGACUGUCAGGCGCAAGCUAUGA